AUGAGUACGUCGUCGAACGAAGAAGGAAAAGAAGAAGAAGAAGAAGAUGCGAACGAAAAGGAAAUGACACGUCACUAUGGCAGCCUGAUUGACGGAAAAUCGUGUACUUUUGCUCGUCCUCGUGUCAAUUAGCUACAGUAGUCCUUGAAUGAAUGACGUGGAGAAAGCCGUUUAAUUCGGGUCUAGGGUUUUGUCGUCGUUGUCGUAGUCCUUAGCUCGCAGAUUCCGCGAGGUCCUACCCUACAAUACAUAAUUCAUUUACUUGCCAAGUAUGCGCCGCCUCUCUUCAGAAGCCUGAAGACGUCCGCAAAUCCGUAAUCCCUUUCGCGCGAGAAGAGAAGCGAAAAGUUGUGUGUGCAUAAUUAGAAAAACGGAUUGGCAAAAGCGGCGGAAAGACGGGAGAGGACGGACUCAUAAAAAUAGGCUUGAAUUGGGUGGGAAGGAGACGGAGAAAAGUCAUUAGAAAGCUGCGUCUAAAAAGGGAUUUGCAGACAAUGUCAUCUGCUGAAAGGACACAGUGAGCACCGCAGCAACGAGUGGAAAGAGCAGGAAGUACUGAGGUAAGCAGGCUCUGCGUCCCUUUUGUUUCUUCGAGCUUCACUGAGCCCAUACGAGCCACCCUCGCCUAAUUUUCGAGUUUUUACCCUACCUCCUCCAUUGUUUUCUUUUCUUUUUCAAUGGACGCUUUUUCAUUCCAGGAGCUGCGUGCAGGCGCUCGAAGGAAGAUGCUCGCGACGGAGCGAAGUUGCACAUCAGCACAAAAUGGCCGUAAAACAGUUGGUCGCCAAGAUAGAGGUAAUCCUUUUGAACGAACUCUCCGGCUACGUGGAACGACGGAACGAGCCGGACCGCCGGUUGAUCUCCCGACUAAACCGCGAGUUGAUCAACAUCGAUACGAAGGACGAGAGACCGUCCAUCUAUCACGUGCCUUCGCCAUCUCGGCCCGCCUGGAAGACGUGGAAUCUUGAUGUGGCAGAUCCGUCAAAGUGAGAAACUGAAUAGACGGACAUUCAAAACAAACAGAGUUAUUUCAGAAUGCAAAAGGUGCUGGAUAUGACAGCAGAUAUAAUGCGAUUGCCCCGUCAUUCCGUUCACGAUUCGGACGUUCCCGAGAUGAGGAAUGCGACAGACUGGGACGCCCGUCUCAUGAGUCUCUUCAUAUGCGAGAACAUCGGAAUAGUUCCGGUGCAAGUGAACGAGUGAGUCCCUCCUCUUCCACUUUUCUCAGUUCUGUUGUCUCUGCAGUGCCCGUAGCGAUGCGAUGUCCGUGACGGAAGAACGGAGACGUGGCUGCAGUGUCGACUCUUCGGUCUCUCGCUUCGUGAGGGAAGGUCCCUACGUGAGCUCGUUCCGCGAGAAGAGCAUCCCUCUGGAAGAGGCUCCGCGCCUCGGAUCCGUUUCCUCGGGCAGCAUUUGCACAGUGGACACCCGGCCGACGAACGUCUCCUCGCUGCCUCCACUCACCGACUACAAUUCGAGCAUUCUCGUGAGACACCCAAUUGAUGUUUCUCUCUUUUCAUCCGAUGUUCAGAGUUCUUCAAUCACGCCCGUUCCCCGAGAAGAAGACGAAUUGUCGUUCUGCUUCGGAAAAAGUUAUCUGACUCGUCCGAUUUGUGUCGAGGCAUUCAGUACGCAAACAAGGCCAAACAAAUUAGCAGUGACUGAUAGUUGUGGAGGUAAUCGGAAAAGACGAUACGACCUCGAGACUCGUGAUGUUCAGGGGUCUACAUCACAAACUCGCGCGGCGAAAUCGAGCAGAACAUUCUGAUAAAGAACUCGUCGGCGAGCAGUGUCUGCGUGGACGAGAAGAACGAACUAAUGUACGUGAGUGUGAUGCAGUCGAAGGGAAGAUCGAUCCACGUGUUCGACGUGGCGUCGAAUUGUCGGAAAGUGGAAGUGAUUGCGUGUCCGAGGGAUCCGAAGAUUGAGAUGAGCAGGACGAGGUGGAUUACGGUAGGGCCCAGAGGACACCUGUUCAUGACCAGUGGCGACAAUGUGAAGAGCGCUUUGUGGACGUACAUUAGGAGCAAGAAGGUGAGCAUUGAGCAUCGGAAUAGAAAAACAAAUUACUUUUGAAGGCAUGGAAACUGCUGAAAGAAUCGAGAAAGUCCAGGUAUCAAUACCUGACAGUGGCAGAAGAUCAGGCCGAGUACAAGUGAGCAUCCAUUCCCUCCCUAAUCUUUACAUUUGCCCAAUUCUCAGAGCUGUCGUUCUUCUGACCUGUGAUGCGGCCAACAACCGUCUCCUUCUUUUUGUGGUCGAUCAUUCGAUGAGUCUGAUCAAUGAGUACGAUCUGAGCAAAACCUACAGACUCAACGAACACAUUCAUUCGCCCGCCUCCGCCAUUGUCGAUAAAGUAAGAAUCAAAAACUAGCGAAACUUAUCAUCAUCAUUCUUAUUUAAUAAAAAGCUAACGGAGUCUGUCCAUUUCUUUCUUUCUUUCUUUCUUUGUCCGGCAACUUUUUCAGUUCUAAAACGGAAAAAGCUGUAACAGAGAAAUUAAGAAAUGGACACGUGAACUUUUGAACGGGAUAGUUCCGAGAAAAAACAAGCGACGAAGCCACUUCCGAGCGGCCUAGGUUCCAAAAGUCUUGUACUUUAUGCAAUUUCAGAACGGAAAUCUUCUGAUUCUCGACUACGCAAGCGGCAAACUGUGGAUUCUGCUCUCCGGGGUGAAAGGAGUCCGCCGACUAAAACAAGUGCCUCUGCCGGAGAUCGUGCGCCCUCAAGAAGCUCUCGGAAUCUGUGCCAAGGUAGGAUUACCCAUCAUAUUUUCUCAUUUUUCAUGUUGUCUUCCAGGGCGAUGUCAUUUAUUUGGCACUCUUCAAUCGCCGUGAAAUCCUUUGCACACGAUACCUUGACGAAGGAGUUUUCAAGCCGCCGGCGGCGGUCACUUCUUCACCAAUCCAGCAAAGACGGAGCACCAGUCUCCCGAGAAGUUAA